GUUGCGUUUCCCUCCACACGUUCUCAUUUGCCUUAUCUUCAAGCUACUAGUCUCAAAAAAUUUCCCUUUUUUUCUUAACAUACCAAAUUAAUUCUGAAAAUUUCUCAGAGUCACCACCACUAUUGCUUGCAAUAAUCACCAUGUUCACAGCAACCAAAGUAGCUUUCACAUUAACACCCCCUCGUCUAUGUACUGCACCCCCAACACCAUCCAUUCCAAUUUCUUCUUCAUUUUCUCGUCCUCAAUUCACUUCCCGCCACUUAUGUCUUCGCCGGAGAUUAUUCUUACUUUCCCCUAAAGCCACCGCUGAUCAAGGGAACGUUGAAGGAGAUGGUGUUGUUGAUAGUAAUGUUCUACCAUAUUGUAGCAUAGAUCAAAAGAAAGUCAAGAAAUCCGUUGGUGAACUCGAGCAAGAAUUUCUUCAAGCUCUUCAAUCAUUCUAUUAUGAGGGAAAGGCUAUUAUGUCGAAUGAAGAAUUUGAUAAUCUCAAGGAAGAACUCAUGUGGGAAGGAAGCAGUGUUGUUAUGCUAAGUUCAGAUGAGCAAAAAUUUCUUGAAGCUUCUAUGGCUUAUGUAUCUGGAAAUCCAAUUUUGAAUGACAGAGAGUAUGAUGCAUUGAAAUUGAGGCUAAAGAGGGAAGGGAGUGAAAUUGUGGUCGAGGGUCCAAGGUGCAGCCUUCGAAGUAGAAAGGUUUACAGUGACCUGUCCGUUGACUAUUUAAAGAUGUUCUUGCUGAAUGUCCCAGCCACGGUGGUUGCAUUAGGAUUGUUCUUCUUCCUUGAUGAUAUAACUGGAUUUGAGAUCACUUACUUGCUAGAGCUGCCGGAGCCUUUUAGUUUCAUUUUCACUUGGUUUGCUGCUGUUCCCCUCAUUGUAUAUCUAGCUCUAUCAUUAACAAGAGCCAUUAUCAAAGAUUUUGUGAUUUUAAAGGGUCCCUGCCCAAACUGUGGACAUGAAAAUACCUCCUUCUUCGGGACUAUACUGUCAAUUUCAAGUGGUGGUUCCAACAACAAAGUCAAAUGCUCCGACUGUGGAACUGAAAUGGUUUAUGAUUCAAGUACAAGAUUGAUUACAUUGCCAGAAGGAAGUAAUGCCUAAGUGGAGGUAUUCCUGGAAACCAUAUUCAUUGUUCAAGCAAUGGAAGCUCAUUAAUAGGAGUUACUAUGAAAGUGACAAAUUUAUGAAUCAGCAAUGUGCUGUAUUAUGUUAUCACUGUCACUCAUAAUGUGUGUGAAUGUGUCACACUAUCCUACUUGUAAGUAUAUGGGCUUUGUAUACUUGUAAGUAAUAUGGACUUUGUAUAGCAUACACUGCAUUGUUUACUGGAAGAAGAGUUAUGAGGGUGCUUAACACCAUCAAUGAGUCUAACCUUAAA